GUCGCUUAUUGAUGACGUAAUAUAAACCUUGCUUUGUGUGGCUUCUAGUGACACUGACUUCACGUUUUCAGUCAGCGGUUGUUUCAGACAAGUGAAACAUCAGGUUUUCUUCUAAACUCAGCCGCCAGACCGUAACUGUUCCUCUUGAGGGAUGAACACAUCAGUGCGUGAAAUCCACCUCUCUUCUCAGGCUGACUUUUCCUACUUUCUACGGGUGGACUGGGAGGGGCGGGGCUUAGGCUUCGGCUUCAAGUUGCUUUUGACUGAUGGACACAAGGCAUGGAGAGGAAAGGUGAGUGAGGCGGUGGUGAAUGAAGAGGCAGAGGAACUGGAGAUGGCGAAAGAGAAGUACAUCCAGGACCUCCAGGAGGCUCUAACAGAGCCAGAGCCCUCGGCCUCCUACUGCUUCACCCUGAAGCCACACCCACCCACCAGUAGCCGCACUGUGACUCUGACAUAUGAGAAGAUGCAGAAGGACAUAUCCUUCAAACUUGGCUCGGUCUCUCUGGAUGCUGUCAAGGAGCCAGCUGAGGCAGUGAGAGAGGUGCUGAUACACACACUGCAGCAAGGAAACGAACUGCAGCAACAUAACCACAAACUGAAGGAGGAGAACCAGAGGCUGAUGCAGGAACACCAAAACAUCACUGAAAACCUGAAGCACUACGCUGAAAGCAUAGAGACCCUGAAGGCAGAGUUGUACUCUCGGUUCGUCCUGCUCCUCAAUGAGAAGAAAACAAAGAUUCGCAGUCUGCAGGAAUCUGUCACAAAGCUGCAGGAAACGAGGAAUUCUGAUGAACAGAAAAACAAGGAUUGUGCAAAAUUGGAUCGAACAGCAGGUCACAACAGCGAGGAUGAUGAAUAUGAAGGCAGCACUGACGAAGAGCUGAAGGAAGAGCAGUCAGCAGAAACUUCUCAUUCGUCAUCUAAAGAUUCUGCUACUCCGAGCCCUUUGAACCUCCGUGACAUCACUGAUGUUGCUCCCUGUCGCAAGCGCCGUUUCCGCCAUCUUGGGCCUCCAGAGCUCGCUGUGAAAAAGCAGAACCCAGAGAAGAAGAAUGGGUACGAGUGCAUGUUCCAUGUUGUCCUCAACGCUGCCCGUCUGUGUUUGUGCUCCUGUUAAAGGAUAAUUGACAUUUUUGAGUUUUACAUCAUGUUAUUAUAAUGUCAUUUCCUCA